CCCAGCAAUGGCCGACGUCGACGACAUCCUCGGUGGCAACCUCAAGCCCGCCCCAAACACUGGCUUUGCCUCCUCUCUAGGCGGCAAGGCCACGCUCACGCUCGUUCUUUCUGCGCUCGCGGUGGGCGGCUAUUUCUUUGCCCAGCGCUGGAUCGCGGAUUGGCGCCAAAGGUCUUACAACCUGCAUUUCCGGAGAAGUCAUGGCAUUCCGGACCACGACACGCGCCCGUUCGAAAUAGCGUUGGACGAGGUGAAGCGCAAACGCGAACAGAAGUGGAUCAGGGCUCCAGGAAGCUUGGCCUCCCCGGCACCUGAAGCCUCACCGGCGCCUCCCCUCAGGCAGCGCGCCGUCAGAUUUGUUUCGGACGAUCAGCCAUCACGCUCGCGCACACCUCAAGGCUUCAACCCCCAUGCCGCUCAGCCACUCUCGUACUCUACAGGACACAACCAGUCAUAUAAUGCCCCCAAGUCAUACGGAUAUCUGGCGGACCCAGGCCCUUCGUCGGACACGGAAUAUGCACCCAGUGGAAGGACCUCCCCAACCAAACCGGUUCGCCGAGGCGCCGUUCCCCUUCAGCGAGAAUUUUCACUUCUUCGCGAGGGCGUUAAGCGCGCUCUGGGCGAUGACGUAGAUGACGAGGAACACGAUCCGAAGAAGUUGCGCAUGCACGACGAAGACAUCGUCGAUGGCGAUAAUAACCCGCGCUGGCACAACAAUCGACCCCUCGACACCAAGCGUGGUUCCAAGCGCAACAAUGAGGAGGUCGAGGAUCUGGAUGAGGAGGAAAUUGCCAACCUUAAGAAACGUGAUAAACGCGCGCGCAAGGUUUCCAUCGACGGCGCCGUCCAGGAGGCGUCUCAGUCCGAGGAGUCUGAUGUGAACAUGGAUACGGAUGUCGAUACGGACAUGCAGCCAGUCAACCCUGUCGUAGCGCGCCUGCGUGGCAAGAAGCGCGAUCGCGACGAAGCCGGCUCUACUGUCGGUGACGAUGACGAUGACGACCAGGAAAGCGAUAGCAAGGGCAAACGGCAGCUUAAACGGUCGAAGCGCAAGUCCACUGGUCAGUCAAAGUCCGGAGAGAGCACUCCCGUUAAGGGCAAGAGGAGCAGUCGCGGCAAGGGCAAGCAGAGCCAUUCACCCUCCUCGGAAAGUGAUGUCACAAUGGACUCGGGCGCUCGUACACCACCUCGCGUCGAAGGCGACGAAUGGACCUCGCAUGGUGUCACGUAUAGGAUCGGUCCAAAUGGUGUACGCCAGCGGUGGACUUUGGUCAAGCAGGAGGUUCCGAAGUUCAACAUGCCUGAGGACUCGGUGCACAACGACCGCGACGAUCGCAUGCCUGUCUGCGUGUACAACUGGCUCACAGACGCUGAAUACGCGGAAGCAAAGAAGAACUACAGGCUCGCCAAUCAGAUAGCCCCGACGUCGCCAAGCAAGUCCGAUCGUCGUCGUUCUGAUGGCAAACCACUACUCUGGCAAGACCCCAAUGGCACCACCCACUCCACCCCUCCUUCGCGCAAGAACUCCAGCGACAAUUUGUUGCUCACGAGCAGCACGAGCAGCGUCAAGGAUGAAGAGACGAAGCCGGACACGCCGUCGAAGAGUCUUACGAUCAGGAGGAUAGGUUCUACGAUAUCCAACAAGCAGGCUCGCCCGGACACACUCAAACGACCACUCAGCUGGUACGAGAAGCAGGAGAUGGAGGCGGAAGCGCGCAGGCGUCGUCAGGAACUCGAGCGUGAAAAGCAGGGGACAACCGCGCCGGCAGUGCCCAGUAUCACGGUCUCUUCCCCGCUUGCAUCCCUUACGGCAAAACCUGCAGAUGCACCGAAGCUGCCGUCGACGCUGCUUGGUGCGCCUGCGACAGCCCCGGCUGCUGGCUCGCCGCUCAAGUUUGGCUUUACGAACCCGGAGGCGGCGUCGACCCCUCCUGCGACCAAUAAGCCGGCGUCCUCUGGUGCUGUACCGAACUUCUUCUCGAAACCCGCGACGACCGAUGCUGCGAAGCCUGCUGAAGCUCCCAAGGCGGCAGAUGCACCUAAGCCGGCAGAGCCACCCAAGCCAUCAUUGAGCUUCAGCUUUGGGAAGCCUGCGGAGUCGAAACCUGCCCAGGCGACGGAGGCGCCAAAAUCCAGCUUGUUCCCGCCUCAGCCUGCGGCGGCUUCGUCUGCACCGGUUUCUGCCGCGCCCUCGUCCGGUUCCUCGUUCAGCUUCGCGAAGCCAGCAGACCCUCCUGCAUCCAAGCCCGCAUCUUCGUUCAGCUUUGGCAAGCCCGCGGAAGCGUCCAAGCCUGCGGAGGCGCCUAAGCCAGCAGCGGCACCAUUGUCCUUUGCCUUCGGAAAGCCCGCGGAGGCUCCCAAACCUGCUGAGGCUCCCAAGCCGGCGGGUGGGUUCUCCUUUGGCAAGCCAGCGGAGGCACCGAAGGCAGAGGAGAAGAAGGACGGUUCUGCACCUGCACCUUCCGGCUUCAGCUUUGGUGGAUUUGGGGCGAAGAGCGAUGCGUCGGGUCCUACGUCCGCACCUCCGCAGGCGCCCACUGGCUCUGGUUUCAGUUUCGGAAAGCCGGCUGCGUCGUCCACACCUGCUGCACCGACAUCUGCGCCAGCACAGACGACGUCUUUCAGCUUCGGGAAGCCCGCGGAGAGCAAGCCUGCAGAGGCCAAACCGACAUCUGGGUUCUCGUUUGGUGGUGCGUUCGGCAGUGGAAACACUGAGAAGAAGGAUACUGCGGCGCCUGCAGCGUCGUCGGCGUUCGGUCAGGCAUCGACGACCAUGAGCGCGUUUGGACAGACAUCGACAACGACUAGCGCGUUCGGCAAGACACCCUCACCAGCACCCGGAGGCUUCGGCUCGGCACCCAGUACGUCUGCCUUUGGGAAGCCGGCUGAGCAACCGUCGACGAGCGGUCCCUUCGGGAGCACGGCGACGAACGGGUCAUCGGCACCGACCUCUGCUUUCGGCAAGCCUGCAGAGGCCCCGAAGUCCGCCUUCGGUGGCUUUGGCUCAACGCCGUCCGGGGACGCACCGAAGUCCGCGUUCGGCGCGACGAGCGGCGAGGGUACGAAGUCGUUAUUUGGCCAGCCCGCGGGUGAGCGCAAGUCUGCGUUCGGGAGCGGCAGCACGCCUGCGACCGGCAGUGAGGCCCCGAAGACCGGUGGCUUCUCGUUCGGCACCCCCGCGACGACGAGCAGCACACCCGCAGAAGCACCGAAGACUGGCGGCUUCAGCUUUGGUGCGCCUGCAACCAACGGCAACGCGUCGAAACCUGCUGAGGCACCCAAAUCUGCGUUCGGCGGCUUCGGGUCGAGCUCGACGACGUCUACCGUGCCUAGCACGCCUGCGAAGACGCCGGCUGCGUUCGGGUUCGGUGCCCCUGCGACGACCACGCCUGCUGCGCCGCCUCCUCAGGCUUCGACCGGGGGCUUCAGCUUCAACUUCGGGGCGAAGAAGGACGAGGGGGCGACGACGACACCGCAGGGCUCGCCCGCGACGUUCGGACAGACAAGUGGUCAGACCCAGUCCGCGUUUGGCCAGCAACCGGCGCAGAACGGGGGCGCCACCGGCGGGUUCAGCUUUGGCCAGCCCAGCGGUGGCUUCUCGUUCGGGCAGAAAAAGUAGGGGAUGAGAGGGAGAUAGGACGUUCCCUAGUACGUGAGCAUCUGUGCUAAGUACUCUAUGGUCUAUGGUAUUUCGCUGGCUAUGCAUUCUUCAUCGACCACAGUAUGCCACCAUGCAUCUGCAUUUGUAUCUAUAACUUCAUCACUGCAAUCUCCAUAGCGCUCGGUAGUCA